AUGGAGCAACGUAAUCACUCCAGCCUGAAUGAAUUUGUACUCCUGGGCUUCCCCAGUGUGGGACAUGUCAGGGGCUGGCUUUUUGGGCUGCUAUUGUUGGCUUACCUGUUCACCAUUUGUGGCAAUGCACUCAUCUUCUUAGUCAUACGACUGGACAGAGCGCUCCACAAGCCCAUGUAUCACUUUGUCAGUGUUCUCUCCUUCUUGGAGUUGUGGUACACAGCCACCACCAUCCCCAAGAUGCUAUCUAAUCUUCUCAGUGAGAAGAAGACCAUUUCUUUUGCAGGAUGCCUCCUUCAGACCUACUUCUUCCACUCCCUAGGGGCCUCUGAAUGUUACCUUCUCACCGCCAUGGCCUAUGACCGCUACCUGGCCAUCUGCAGGCCCCUCCACUACCCUGCCAUCAUGACCACAGCACUCUGUGCCAAGAUGGCUGCUGGCUGUUGGACUUGUGGCUUCCUGUGUCCCAUUUCUGAGGUCAUCCUGGUCUCGCAGCUUCCCUUCUGUGACUACAAUGAAAUCCAGCACAUCUUCUGUGAUUUUCCACCUCUUCUGAGCCUGGCUUGCAAGGACACAUCCACUAACGUUCUGGUGGACUUUGCUGUCAAUGCGUUUAUUAUCCUUAUCACCUUUCUCUUUAUCAUGAUUUCUUACGGGAGAAUUAUUGGAGCAGUGCUGAAGAUAAAAACAGCAGCGGGCAGGAAGAAGGCCUUCUCUACAUGCGCCUCCCAUCUCAUUGUGGUCCUCAUCUUCUUUGGGAGCAUCAUCUUCAUGUAUGUGCGGCUAAAGAAGAGCUAUUCACUGACUCUUGACCGAACACUUGCCGUAGUCUACUCUGUCUUGACACCACUAGCCAACCCAAUUAUCUACAGUCUUCGUAACAAGGAACUCGUUAAGGCCAUCAAGAGAACCAUCUUCAGGAAGGAGGGGAAAGCUAGUCCUACUCACCAUUGA